AUGGCGGCACUGGAAGAGACCACGAUGAAGCGCGAUGCCGCACUGGACGUCGACCAGGUCGAGGAUGCUGCGGCAGGGCAGCACGGACCGGAUCGAAUUCACGGCGUCGUCAUGCCGGAUCUCAUUGCCCGCUUGAGCGGGGAAGAGCGCGACAAGCUGGAGCGGCAUCUGCGACGCAAGAUUGACUUUCGACUGCUCCCAAUGGUGAUUUGCAUGUAUAUUCUGAAUUACAUCGACAGGAAUAACAUUGCCGCUGCGAGGCUGGCAGGGCUUGAGGAGGAUUUGAAACUCAAUGCCAGCGGCACCCAGUUCUCAACUGCCGUUAGUAUCCUCUUUGUUGGGUAUAUUCUCAUGCAGGUCCCGUCGAAUCUAUUGCUGAACAAGAUGGGGAAACCGGGCAUCUAUCUGCCUGCUUGUAUGAUGGUCUGGGGCAUCAUAUCAACCGCGACAGCCGCAGUGCAGAACUUUGGCGGCUUGCUGGCCUGUCGCUUCUUUCUCGGUUUCGUCGAAGCCGCCUAUUUUCCCGGAUGUCUGUACUAUCUCAGCUGCUGGUACACGCGCAAGGAGCUUGGUGUCCGCACCACGUACCUGUACGCCGGCUCGCUCAUCUCGGGUGCCUUCUCGGGCCUCAUCUCAGCCGGCAUCACGGGCAACCUGGAUGGUGCCAGGGGCUUGAGCGCGUGGCGAUGGCUGUUUUUGAUCGAGGGCGUCAUUACGGUGGCGGUGGCCAUUGCUGCCGUCUUUGUGCUGCCGAAUUUCCCGCGGACCACGCCGUGGCUGACGGAGCAGGAGGUGGCCAUGGCGGUCUGGCGACUGGAGCACGACAUUGGAGAGGAUGACUGGGUCACCAGCGAAGAGCAGACAUUCUUCCAAGGCUUCACGGCCGCGGUCAAGGACGUCAAGAUGUGGGUUCUGCUCGUCAUCUUGUUUGGCAAUGUUUCUGCGGCUUCCAUUACCAAUUUCUUUCCCACUGUUGUCGCGACACUCAAGUUUUCCAAGGUCAAGACGCUGCUCCUCACCGCGCCACCGUAUGUGCUCGGCGUCUUGACCACGCUUCUCAACGCAUGGCAUGCGGACAGGACGGGCGAGAGAUUCUGGCACAUAUCGCUACCUCUAUGUCUUGCAAUGGCAACGUUCAUCAUUGCGGCAUCUACAACAAACGUAGCGGCGCGAUAUGUUAGCAUCAUGCUCAUGAUUCCGGGGCUAUAUAGCGGCUACACGACAGCACUGGCCUGGAUCAGCAAUACAUUGCCGCGGCCACCUGCGAAGCGAGCCGCGGCGCUGGGCUUCAUCAAUGCAGUGUCCAAUGCGCCGGCCAUUUACACCAGCUAUCUGUACCCGUCCAAGGCCGAACCGCAGUACGAGGCCGCUUUCAUCCACAACUGCCUCAUGGCGGCCAUGUCCAUUGUUGCGGCAGGCGUGCUGCGGGUCAUGCUUUCUAGACUGAACAAGAGGCUCGAUAGAGGCGAGCACGUCGAGGGCGCUGUGAAUGCCGCACCGGGUGAGGCGGUAGAGCAUGGCUUCAGGUUUCUGCUUUGA